AAGCAAGCCCGUGGAAUUCAGUUAUCAAGAUUCCCUCUCUUUCCCCCCCACUUUCCCUCCAAAAACUCUCCCUUUCUCUCUCUCUCUCCCCCGCCAUUUGCAGAACGUCGCAGAAGGAAGGGCCAGAUCGGAAGGUUCGACGCCAUGCCCAAGUACCUGAACGGGUGGAUCGUGAUCUUCGUCCUCUUCGUCUCCUUCCUCGUCUCGCUCAGGAAUCGCAAGGCCUCGAGUGCAGACCACCAUGGGCAACAGCCCUUGGACCCUCCUUUUUCUCUGGAUUCCCUCUCGCCCGUCCUGCUCCAGAGGAGCGACGAUGGCGCGGUCGACGAGGAGGGCCCCGCGCUUGGCCUCCAGUACGACUUCUACCGCGACACCUGCCCCGCUGCUGAAGAGAUCGUGAGGUCGUCCAUGGCCAGAAUCUACUCCCAACACCCCGAAGUUGCCCCCGCGUUCCUCCGUCUCCUCUUCCACGAUUGCUUCAUCAGGGGUUGCGAUGCUUCAGUUCUCCUGGACGAUAGCCGUGGAAACCGAAGCCAUUCCAUAGAAAGGCAGGCUAUCCCCAACCGGACCCUUAAGGGUUUCGAACGGAUCGAUACCAUUAAGCAGGAGCUUGAAGACCAUUGCCCUGGGGUUGUUUCUUGUGCUGAUGUUCUCGUGCUCGCCACCCGGGAGGGCAUUGUCCUGGCUGGUGGCCCAUUCUAUCCUCUUUUCACUGGCAGGAGAGACAGUAUUCAGUCCUAUUAUGCUGAAGCAAUGGCUGAAAUUCCUAACCCAGACGAUAAUGUUUUCCGGACUCUCCACCUAUUCGGUCUCAGAGGUUUUGACGAGAGAGAAACAGUCAGUCUCUUAGGAGGGCACAAUAUUGGCAAGAUUGGUUGCGAGUUCAUCCUAGAACGCUUGCACAAUUUCUUGGGGACAGGUCAGCCAGACCCAACCAUAUCUGCUGAUUUUCUCAGUGAGAUGAGACGCGACUGUGAAGACAGUCAGGCCAGCAGCAAUAGCACCAGCAGCUCUCCACUGCUCCUGGAAUCAAGGAGCCUCACUAAGUCUGGUUUGGGUUUGACAUACUUCCCACAGUUAGUGACUUCAAUAUCAUCCGGAUCAAGCUUUGACACACAUUAUUACCAGAGCUUGCUUAGAGGGAGAGGUCUUCUAUAUGCUGAUCAGCAGUUGAUGGCUGAUGAGAGAACUGCAAGUGUUGUAAGGGCUUAUGUCUCAGAUGAUGGAUCAGCCUUCAGAUUGGACUUUGCUCGUGCUAUGAUGAAAAUGUCAAGUCUAGGUAUAUUGUCCGGAUCAGAUGGUCAGAUCCGAAAAAAUUGCUCGUUUAUCGCCAACGGCAAUUGAGAGAAAAUAUUACUUGGGCAGAUUGUGCUCUCUUUAAUCUUCUCAGUGGUUAUCUCGGCAUCUUCAGGUCCCGAGAUUGAUGACACCAAGAAGUUUUACACAAACAACCUCAACUCCAUCCCAAUAUUAAGCUGAAGCAUCAAGCGGUGGUAACGAAGUUUUCAGCAACAAUACGCAGCCAUUUCGGUGACAAACUGUGUCAUAAUGCUUCAGAGCAUUGUGUGCUCUUAUUAUGCAAUGUAAACAAUCUCUAACCCGUGAAACUUUCUCUUCUCAGCAUCACAAAUGUAUCCUGCCAGAAAAGAACCAGUCAAUUUUGUUAAACAGUGACCUUUGUCUGCUUAGCAUCUUUUUAAUCUAGGACACCUCUCUGGCUUUGCACAUGUGCACUUUGAGUGUCUUUUGAUUAGAUAGAAAUGCUAAUGGAUACUUCAAAACCGAUAAUUUUGCCAAGUCGUUUCUUAUCAUCUCUUCUAUUUGAUGAGGAAUGUCAAAGUCUGAG